UGGCCCACCAGGGAGGAGCAAUGGCUGAGAUGCCCACAGUGGCAGCCGGGCCUGGCGAGGAGACCACGCACGUGCACCUCAGCCUCCAGGGACCUGCCCGCCAGAGUCUCCGCUCCGGACCCCGAACCCGAGGAGGCGCUGGGUCUGGGCCAACUGCCCAUGGAGCUGCUCGAGAUGGUGCUGAGCCACGUGCCCCCACACAUGCUCCUCGGGCACUGCCGCCGUGUGUGCCGGUGCUGGCGUGACCUGGUGGACUGCCAGGACGUGAGGCUGAGCAUCCUGGCCCGAGACCGUGCUGCCCUGUCACCUGUCCUCCACACCUACCUGCCCCCCGCUGACGACCUCAGGCCCUGCAUCCUGGGCUGCUUCUACGAGCGAGGACCGAUAGGACGCAACCUGCUCCGGAACCCCAAGGGCCUAGAAGGCUUCCGGGACUGGACGAUGCAGAGCAGUGGAGACGGCUGGGGAGAGGAGGAUAACUUGGAGGUCAGGCCUGGGGCCGCUUCCCGGGCCUCCUUCCUGUCUGCCUACAAGUGGUGUCACAAGAAGGAAAUGUUGGACCUGGAGGAGGAGGGUCUGUGGCCAGAACUCCUGUAUAGUGGAAAGAUUGAGAUUUGUGUCUCUGCCGGGUGGACAGACCAACAAGGCACGGCCUGUGUAUAUGAGCUAACUGUCCAACUUCUAGAUGCCAACCAGACCAUGCUGCAUAAUUUCUCUCCUAUGCGUGUUUCCAUCCAGCAAGGUAGAAACAGUGUCCGCUUUGAGGUCAACCAUGUGUUCUUCAGCUUCAAGAUUGGUGUCCGCUGAACACUGGGUUUGGGACUUGGGGUUCUGGCCUGAACAAAAUGGAAUCUAUCUGCCCAAUGCCAGUGUGAUUCCACGGGUACAUCUGUUCAAAUGAAGGACUGUCCUAGUAAAACAACCUGACCGUGCUUUCCAGGAGCUGGGACCAUUAAAUGGGCCAUCUCAUUAAUCAGGCGCUUAUAGCUCCUGGCAUCCUGGGACCUGCUGGGGCCCAUCGAGGGUCCUACUGGGCCCUGUCUUUAGAAUCUGGAAGCUACUAGAAGAAUGUUCUUCCAUCAGAUUUACAGCUGCUGCUGCUGUAAGGCAGCCCCUGGUCUAUUGAGUGGAAACCCACAGUGAGCACAGGGAAAUGCUGGAUUGGGAGAG